UUGCCUGCUUCGAGGCGUACUGGACUGCGUGGCUGUAGGGGCUGCCCUUUAAGUGUCAUCUAGGACAGGAGUCUAGCUUGUCGCUGUGUCAUGGGCUUUAACGCUUCUCCGUACGAAUUACAAGCGGGGACCCGCCCGGGCUCACUGGCGCGCGCCUAGUGACGCCAUCGCGGAGGUCCACUGCCCUCUGCUGGGCGUGGGGACGCAGUGCCGAGCGCCGCUGACGGACUUUGCGAGGUGCUAGAGAUACAGAGAUAAACGGCCUGGGCAAGAAUAACAGAGGACCCCUUUUGUGAAACUUUGCACUCUAUUGGAGGAAAUAAGCUUUGGGGGAAGAUGUAAUUGUGAAGUCUACUGGGAGAGGGAGGAGCAUAGCAAGAAAACAGCUGAUCCUUUCUUGAUCUCCCCUUGCGGGGUCUGAAAGAGAAGUAGUUAAUAGUUGCAUUUCAGGAAGAGAAACCAGCUUGCGAGAAUGGAGUUGAAACAGGAAAUGGCAAGAAGUCUUUUGAAGACAUCAUCUUUAUCUGUGAGGACAAAAUUACUACAUCAAACGGGAUUGUCACUUUAUAAUACAUCCCAUGGCUUCCAUGAAGAAGAAGUAAAAAAAAAACUUGAGCAGUUUCCUGGUGGAUCCAUUGACCUUCAGAAGGAAGAUAGUGGUAUUGGCAUUCUUACCCUGAACAAUCCAAGUAAAAUGAAUGCCUUCUCAGGAGUUAUGAUUCUACAACUUCUGGAAAAAGUGAUUGAAUUGGAAAAUUGGACAGAGGGGAAAGGUCUCAUUGUCCGUGGGGCAAAAAAUACUUUCUCCUCAGGAUCUGAUUUGAAUGCUGUGAAAGCACUAGGGACUCCAGAGGAUGGAAUGACCUUAUGUAUGUUCAUGCAGAACACCUUAACAAGAUUUAUGAGACUCCCUUUAAUAAGCGUUGCACUGGUUCAAGGUCGGGCAUUGGGUGGAGGAGCAGAAUUUACUACAGCAUGUGAUUUCAGAUUAAUGACGCCAGAGAGUGAGAUAAGAUUUGUCCACAAAGAGAUGGGUAUAAUACCAAGCUGGGGCGGUGCUACCCGACUAGUUGAAAUAAUCGGCAGUAGACAAGCUCUCAAAGUAUUAAGUGGGGCCCUCAAACUGGAUUCAAAAAAAGCUUUAAACAUAGGAAUGGUUGACGAGGUCUUGCAGUCUUCAGAUGAAACUGAAUGUCUAGAAGAGGCACAAGAGUGGCUAAAGCAGUUUAUCAAAGGGCCACCAGAAGUAAUUAGAGCUUUGAAAAAAUCUGUUUCUUCAGGUAAAGAGCUUUGUUUCGAGGACGCAUUACAGAAUGAAAGAGACCUUUUAGGAACAGUUUGGGGGGGACCUGCAAAUAAAGAGGCUAUUGCUAGGAGACGAAAAUUUGAUACAUAAUUUUUUAAAGUAUGACGUACUACAAGAAAAACUCCAAUAAAUUAAUAAAGUUAAAUAUUAACUAGGAAUACCAGAAUUACUUCGAAGGUUACACUUAGUAUUUGAUUUAAUAAUUUUUUAAUAUCUGAACUCAUUGACCUAGUUUUCAGUAUAUUUGGGUAAUUAUCAAGUAAUGUAGAACAUUUGGUUAAAAUAUACAACACUUUUGGCUUAAAAAUUAUCAAUUCCAUAGUAGUUCUUAGCCUGUAACAAAAGACCAGUUUUUGAGAGGAAAAAACCCCUCCACAGAACCUAUUCCUGGGUUAUUUUUCAUGGUGUCUGUUCAGUCUUAUCUGGAAAUAAUUUACAAAAAUAACAGUGAAAUUUGCACUAAAGAACAAAAGUGGAAGAGGGGUCAGGGAACAAGAUAAGAAAAGGUAUGAUCAUUUUCUUCUGCCUUAAUCAGCGGUAAUAGGUAAAGAAUUGGGGAGAGGUGCUUGGCUGGCUCUGUUAGUGAAGCAUGUGACUCUUGAUCUUGGAGUUGUGAGUUUGAGCCCCAUGUUGGAUAUAGAGAUUACUUAAAAAAUAAAAGAAUGUUUAAAAAUAACUGGAGGAAUGCCUGGGUAGCUCAGUCGGUUGAGCAUCUGACUCUUGAUUUCAGCUCAGGCCAUGAUCUCAUAGUUCUUGAGGUUGAGCCCUCUGUCCACAAAGAGUCUGCUUGGGAUUCUCUCUCCCUCUCUCAAAAUAAAUAGAUAAACUUAAAAAAUUUGGGGAAUUGGGGCACUUGGGUGGCUCAGUCGGUUAAGCGUCCGACUUUGGCUCAGGUCAUGAUCUUGCAGUUUGUGACUUCAAGCCCUGCGUCAGGCUCUGUGCUGACAGCUUAGAGCCUGGAGCCUGCUUCUGAUUCUGUGUCUCCCUCUCUCUCUGCCCCUCCCCUGUUCACGAUCUGUCUCUCAAUAAUAAAUAAACGUUAAAUUUUUUUUAAAUAAAAAAAUAAAAUUUGGGGAA